CUCGUCCUUACCCUCUAUCACUACCGCCUCAUCAUCUCCAUCUCUAUUCAAACUGUAAUGGACUCUUCGAAAAUGGAAUCCAUCCCAUUUCCACCACCUACAGCCCACGACUCCUACAUCGCCUCAUCCGCCAGCUCAGGCGUCCUAAAGAACAUCGCUAUCGAGCGCGGCUCCUACAUCGCUUCCUCCAACAGCUCCACCAUUCUGAAAACAGGCGGCAAUGAAAAGAACGAGGCCCCGACGUGGAAGCCCACCCCCCACGAACUCGCCAUCAUGCUCUCGCUCGCCCUCAUCUCGCUCAUGGUAUCUCUAGACGCCACGAUCGUCAUCACAAGCCUCAGCACCAUCGUCCGCGCCCUAAACGCCACCUCAACCGGCGGUUUCUGGAUCGGCACCGCCUACCUCCUCACCUGCGCCGCCACAAUGCCCUUCACAACCUCCCUCUCCUCCAUCUUCGGCCGGCCGCCCCUCCUCCUCCUCUCCCUCGCCCUCUUCACCGCCGGCACGCUCCUCUGCGCCCUCUCGCACGCCCUCCCGCUCCUCCUCGCCGGCCGCUGCGUGCAGGGCAUCGGCGGCGGCGGCAUCAUCUCCCUCUCCCUCAUCAUCUUCACCGACAUCGUGCCGCUGCGCUUCCGCUCGAAAUACUACGGCAUCAUCCAAGGCGCGUGGGCGCUCGGGACGUGCAUCGGGCCUGUUGUAGGUGGUGUGUUCGUGCAGAAGGCGAGCUGGCGGUGGGUGUUUUAUGUCAUGUUUCCGUUCUGUGGGAUUGGGUUUGCGGCGGUCGGGGGGCUGUUGACUCUUAAACCUAAGACGGAGUCGCUGGGGGAGAAGAUGAAGAAGGUGGAUUGGGCGGGUGGGGUGUUGUUCAUUGCGAGUUGCACGAGUUUCCUCGUGGCUGUGAGCUGGGGCGGGACGCAGGAGCCGUGGGCAUCGUGGCGGACGAUCGUGCCGCUCGUGCUGGGAGCGCUGGGGAUGCUAGCGACAGGGGUGUGGGAGCGGUAUGGUGCCAAACAGCCUUUCUUGCCGGGGGACUUGUUCUACUGCCCGAGUGCGUUCGCGGCGUACUUCGGGGCGACGGUGCAAGGGUUUCUCUUGUACGGCGUCCUCUACUACGGCCCCCUCUACUUCCUCUCCAUCCGCCUCCUCUCCCCCAUCCCCACCGGCCUCUCCAUCCUUCCUACUACUGUCGCCCUGGUCCCCGCCUCCGUCGCCGUCGGCGCCAUCGUCUCGCGCGUCGGCCACUUCCGCUGGGCUAUCUGGAGCGGCUGGCUUCUCACAACACUGUCCCACGGCCUCAUGAUCUUAUGGGACGUGCACACACCCACUGCUGUCUGGGUAGUCAUCAUGAUCCUUCUCGGCUUAGGCCACGGCUUGGUGCUCAACGCGCAGAACUUCGCCGCCCAAGCGAUCGCGAAGCGCAAGCAGGAGGGCGAGGCGGCAAGUAUGUACGCCUUCCUACGAAGCUUGGGCAUGGCGCUGGGAGUCGGAGUAGGGGGGAGCGUGUUUCAGAACGUCAUGAAGGUGAAGCUUGGACACUUCCAUCUACCGCUAGAGAUUGCGAGCAACGCGGAGGCGUAUAUCGAGACGGUGAAGCAUAUGCCAGUGGAUUCCGUCAUGCGGGCGCAGGUGUUGGAAAGCUAUGUGUAUGGGUUGAUGGGGGUGUUUGGGCUGUUCUGCGGCAUGGCGGGGCUGGCAUUGGUGGCGAGUGCGUUUGUGGGGCGGUUUGUGUUGGAUAAGGAGCUGGAGAGUGAGCAUAAGCUUGCUGAGAAUCGGUGGAGUAGGGGGUUGAACAAUAUGGUUUGAGGACCUUGGGCAGCGGGUUAUACUUUUGGCUUGUAAGUAUACCCUUUAUGAUUUAUGAUCCAAAAUUUGGAAACGG